AGUCGCCCGUGCGACACCUCGAACUCUGGCGGGAGCGCUUCAGGUGGGCUGAGCCGCCCCUCGGCACCGCGCCCCCCUGACCCAGACAGCAGGCGCGGGACUGGCUCCUCUCAGGCCGAGCCCUGCGAGCCGGGCUCUGAGUCUUCCUCGGGCUCGGGUUCCCUUUACGCUCAGGACAGAGGCCGGAGAACGGCGAUCAUCCCAUACUCCAGCCGGCUUCCUGGCCCGGACAUUUCCUCUGCGCCCGGGUAGCGUCUUGGUCGUAGCGGUGCGGAACCCCCUCCUGCCGCCCCCUCUGCAGCCCGGGGCUUGGGAGGGAGACUGUUGCUGUGCACCUCUCCCUCUUCUCUCACCCAGGAAUAAGUUUCUUUUUCCUCUCGGUUGGAAAUCCUGCGCUGGAGGUCCAAAACACCUAUCCUGUAUUCCCCAGCUCCUGGAGCACUCUUACAAGUAUUGCCUACUUAGCAGAGAGAGAAUCUCUCAUUCUUGACUUGGCUUUUUCCCCUUUGGGAGAUAAAAAGGUUGCGCCCCUUUCUACCCUCUUAACUGGUACUCUAUGCCCAGGGCCUUAUUCAUUUGGACCACCAGCUUCCUGACCAUCUCUAUGUGACUUCCCCCACCCAUCUGAGUUCCAGUUUCUUCUGGGCUCCAGUCUCCAGCCCCCUGUGGAUCUGGUCAGUCCCACCCCAAGGUGGGAGUGACCAGGGGGCUCUGGCCCAGGAUUCCCCACCCUGGAAGGCAGCUCUAAGUCUGCAAGAGAUUUGGGCGUCGGGUACGAACCUGGCAGCUCAGGAGUGGGUGCUCCACUCACACCGCACAAGAAGAUGAAAAAGCGCAAAGAACUCAAUGCAUUGAUUGGGCUGGCUGGAGACAACCGGAGAAAGAAGCCCAAGAAGGGCUCAAGCAGCCACCGCCUGCUCCGCACUGAGCCUCCUGACUCAGACUCUGAGUCUAGCUCUGAAGAAGAAGAAGAAUUUGGUGUAGUUGGAAAUCGCUCCCGCUUUGUCAAGGGAGACUAUCUACGCUGCUGCAAGAUCUGUUAUCCCCUCUGUGCUUUUGUCAUCCUUGCUGCCUGUGUGGUGGCCUGUGUGGGCCUGGUGUGGAUGCAGAUUGCUCUCAAGGAGGAUCUGGAUGCCCUCAAGGAAAAAUUCCGAACAAUGGAAUCUAAUCAGAAAAGCUCAUUCCAAGAAAUCCCCAAACUUAAUGAAGAACUACUCAGCAAACAAAAACAACUUGAGAAGAUUGAAUCUGGAGAACUGGGCUUGAACAAAGUCUGGAUAAACAUCACAGAAAUGAAUAAGCAGAUUUCUCUGUUGACUUCUGCAGUAAACCACCUCAAAGCCAAUGUUAAGUCAGCUGCAGACUUAAUUAGCCUGCCUGCCACUGUGGAGGGCCUUCAGAAGAGUGUAGCUUCCAUCGGCAGUACUUUAAACAGCGUCCAUCUUGCUGUGGAGGCAGUACAGAAAACUGUGGACGAACAUAAGAAAACCCUGGAGUUACUGCAGAGUGAUAUGAAUCAGCACAUCUUGAAGGAGACCAGUGGAAGCAACCAGAUCACUCCAUCACCUCCAGCUACAUUAGACCCUGACAAUAAAACCCACAGUGAGAAUUUGAAACAGGAUAUCCUGUACCUUCACGACUCUUUAGAAGAGGUAAACAGUGCCCUAGUGGGGUACCAGAGACAGAAUGAUCUCAGACUCGAGGGAAUGAAUGAGACAGUCAGUAAUCUUACCCAGAGAGUCAACCUCAUAGAAAGCGAUAUGGUUGCCAUGAGCAAGGUAGAAAAGAGAGCAAACCUGUCCCUCAGCACGAUGGGUGACAGACCUGCCACUCUGAAAAGAGAGUCUUUGAAUCCAGUGACCAACAGAUCAGAUACAUUGAAAACCCAAAGCAUCAAGAAAGAAGAUAGUUCAAAUUCUCAGGUAUCCAAGCUCAGAGAGAAACUGCAGUUGAUCAGUGCCCUCACAAACAAACCUGACAGCACCAGGCCUCCAGAGACCACUGGCAAAGAGCAAGUACAGAGCUUCACUGCAAAGCCAUCAGCAUUGCCAAAAUUGUCACAGUCUCUUGGAGACCAAAUUGGGAAAGCCACCCAACCAAGGCCUAUCUCCUUACCAGGAAUCUCUAGCAUUGAAGAUCUUCAGGAUUUAUUUCACAAGACUGGCCAGGAUGUGGAUGGGAAGCUGACCUACCAGGAAAUCUGGAACUCCUUAGGUUCUGCCAUGCCAGAGCCAGAGGGCUUGAAAGCCUUUGAUUCCAAUGGAGAUGGAAGAUACUCAUUUCUAGAGCUAAGAGUAGCUUUAGGUGUCUAGCCUUAGACACCUAAACAUCAGGCUUGUUUUAGAAAUGGAUCUAUACCCUGGACUACCAAGCAUCUACAUACCUAACAAAAACAACCCUUUACGUACCCAUCAAUUCUACAGUCCUCCAAACUAUUGUAGCAGACACAUUGCCACCUUUUAACUUGUUUGAAGAAGCUGUAUAAAAGUUAUUUUUUUAAAGAGAAGAUCAUUUUACUUAUAUUAUGAUGUUUAAAAAUCUAUAAUUUCCUGAAACCAAUGAGAUCUUACAUUUUAAAAUUGUGAGGGAAAAAAAGGAAUAAUAAAGCCUCCUUCCCCCACCCCUUUUUUUCCUCUUUCCUUUUUUUGAGGGAAGGAGACCUUAUCUUUUAAAACUGGAAAUGUGUAUAUAGAGAAAAUAAGCCACAUUUUAUAUUUCACAUAAAUUUGCCUUAAAUUAGCUGCACUUUAUAGAGACUCAGAAAAUGUCUUUUCUUUACAAGAUAAGCCUUUUCUGUUUGUAAAUAUUUAAAAUGAAAGAAAGAGUUGUGCAUAUUGUAUGGGAAGUAGAAUGGUUUUGAACAGGAUAUAAACCGAUGACUUGUUAUGAAAAAUUCUGAUCCAAUCCAGGUAGCAGCUGAACCCGUGUCCAUGUCUCCUUCAGGCAUCCCUCAAAGGCCCGAGCUGCCAUGACGUCUGGCCUGUUGGCUGGGAGUGGGUCCGUGGAGUGGGCGCUGUGGUGACAGUGCCAACUCCAGGCUCAAGAAAGUAGGAUUCUGGUUCUUUGUUCCUGUUCCCUCAGUUAAUGCCAACCUGGCAACAAGAGAAGUCUAUUGGGGAUUUUUUUUCUCAUUUUUAACCUUAUUUCAGGUUUUAUGAGCAUAAAAGGUUAUCCAGUGGAGAGCUUCAUUUUCCCCCAAGUAAGCUAGAUUGUCUCCCCGUACCCACCCCCUCAAGGCUUACCAUAAAGCUGUAGCUGGCUCCCACCUCCAGUUCCACCUCCAUUUGAACGGCAGGGCUAAAGCAUUGUCAGUGUCUCAGGGUCAGUGUCUCAGACUAGCCACUCCGAGUUUAGAAGAGAACUGUGCCUCUAAUUUUGACCCAGGAAACUACUCCUUGAGAUUUCAACUGGGGGCUAACCAAGAACUUGGUGUGUUUCUCUGUUGAAUGAUUAAAGCUGGAAAGGUUGCAAAAUCAUGCUCAGUUUCCUUACAGCGACCAGCUCUGAGGUAAUGAGAGGCCUUCUGGGCAGAGUUCCCAGGCUCUAGCAGGCAGACCUGGAACCGGGGCCUGCCCAUAAGGGCAGCACGUCUUUUCAGAUCUAAGAUGAGUAAAUGCAGUACUUCUCCUUUUAAGCACUUCAGUGGACCUAGCAGAACAGGUCUCUGGACUGAAAGGAAUAGUACCUCCACGUCACCUGCAUGUUGGGUCUAGACUUGCUGUGUUCCUGGAAGCAGUCUUGGACAACACAAAAGGAAAAAGCUUUACAAACCAUAACUUUACCAUAGGCCCAGUCAGGGUAAAGAAACUCGAGAAGCUCUUACAGCAGACUUCAGUUCAGAUCGUUUCCAUUUUGACUUUGUUCCAAUUGCCCUCAGCCACAGAUGCAGUCCAAGACCCUUAAAUAUUUAAGGACUGUCUCUUCACUUUGUUUGGUGUUGGCUAACCUUGCAUUUUGUUCUAGAUGUAUGAAAAUUAAAGAUGAAGUCUUUUCCCAUGAAUGUAUCUGCUUAUCUCAUUGUGGCUUUUGCUUUGCUCUCUUGUUUUUUUCCCUCGUAACAUUUCCCUUGCCUAUCUGAGUUAUUCCACUUUCUCGGAGAGGUUUCACUAUAGUAUAAAAUUAGCCUGGCACUUUCGGUAACUUGAAGAUCAUUCUUACUCUUCAGGCUGCCUUCCAUCCCUCGCCUUUUCUUUUUAAUAUAUAUACCCUUGCAGAUUCUGUAACAACCAAAUAAAAUUCUAGCAAUAAAUUGAAUUAUACUGCUCUAUUCGUAUAUACUGUACCAUAAAUAGUAUGUCUGUACCUGGAAGGUAUUCUUUUUUUUUUUUUUUUUUGAGAACUGAUUUAUAUGAAAUAUUCUUGAGGGUAAUGUAGCUUGUCCUUUUUAGUUUCAAAUUCUUAUUCAUAGGCAGAUAUUUUGAGGACACCUUAACUCUUUGUUGUAUGGACUUUCUUUUUGCAUCAGGGAGAAAUCAGUUUUGUUUUUUAGUUCAUUUUUCUGUUCUCGCCUGGAGGUUACCUGGCUCUCAUCAUCCUUGAGCCAGCGUGUAGCACUGUCCUCUCCCCGGUCACAUCGUGUUGGCAGAGGCUGCGUGCCACCCUCUCAGAGCCUGGUCGUCCUAUCUUCCAGGCAGAACUCCUUCUUUCAGGGUUGAACAUACUCACCGGAUUAAGAAGAGAGUCUCAUAAACCUAUUAUUCCGUAGUAAGUGGGGAUUUUUAUUUGUACAUCUUAAUUGCCUGUAGUUUGUGUUGAGUGAUAGUCAAGCUUCACAGGUGAUUCAACUCUUAACUGGAAGAUCAAUAGCAGUGGUGAAUUUGGUUUGGCUUCUAAAUCCUUUCACCUUUUCAGUGUGGCAGCUCUUGUUCCAAUUUUCCUAAGUUAUCCAAAGCACUGCUUCUUGAUCCUUUUUUUUUUUUUUAAUCCUAGUUUUAUACCAUCUGGUAUAAUCUUUACUUAAAGGGCUUCCCCAUAAAUCAGAGAGGCAAAAAGGUAGUGUAGAAAGAGAAGAACCAGAAGAGAGACCUGACUUUGAGAUGUCCAUGGUGUAAUCUGAAGGCCAGAGGGGGGCCUGGUGCUCAGGAAUGUGUCUGAAGAGUGGCCCCACACCUGCUGCCAGCUAUCUUCCUUCCACUGGAGGUUCCUUUCUUCACCGUUGCUGGACAGAACCCGUCAGCCCCCCUCGCUGGUCCUGCCGAUCACAGCUGAGGAUUUGGACUGUGAUGGGCUCCUACUCCUAAUGGCCUGUUGAGUUGUUUUUAGUGACAGCUUUUGUUUGCUACACACCUCAUGGGCUUGCUUACCGACACCAGCUAGCUGUAGUCCCGUCUUUCAUAUCCAAACCAGAACACAUUUGGGUAUUCCUGGGACUUUAUAGAGCAUGUA